AUGUCAAGUGCGCCGCAACACAACGGCGCUGCCUCCGUCAUCGUGGCGGAACGCGUCACACACUUCCUCAUGACGCUGCUUGUCAUCCUCGGCUGCAGCGGCGCUCUUCAAUACGCUGAUGCUCGUCUUGAGCGUCAGGCCUACGUCGCUUAUCGGACCCCGCACCUCUGCUCAUACCAGAUCAUGCAGUCCGUCGCGUGCCCGGAUACGAAGCCGAUGUGCUGCGUCGCCUCGUCCGCGAUCCGCUGCUGCGCGGGCACGACCUCCUGCGGUAACUGCACUGAAAGCAUCGUCGGCUACGAAAUGCCGAAGAGCAGCGUCAUCAUUGGCUGCUUCAGCUUGAGCGUGUUUGUCCUUCUGGGCAGCAUUAUCAUGUCCGGCGUGGGCCGCCACCUCGCGUGGAUGCUCGAGCACCGCCGCGUGAUCGAGAGCUACCGCAAGCGCCUCCUGCUACUCCGUGCAGAAGCGCGCGAGUUCAAGAAGGAACUGGCCGAGACGGAAGAGAAAGACAUCGACGACACGGUGGGGUGCGUCAUCUGCUGUGCCCGUCACAUCGAUGUGGCGUUGACGCCGUGUGGGCAUGUGUGCUGCUGUCAUUUCUGCGCGAAGCGUCUACGAGAGUGUCCGGUGUGCCGCAGCGCCCUCCAGCGCUGUUUUGACUUGCCGCUGUACUACGUGAAGCAGCUCCUGAGCGCUGCGGAGGCCGCGGAGGACGACAACGGCGGCGGCGUCAGCGAGUCCGCCUUAUCGCCGUCAGAGAUGUCAACGAUCACCUGCGAUAGUGCCACGGUCACGAGGGCGCGGGCAGCACGGGAAGAGGACCCGCGCGGAGCGGACGAGGCGGCUUUCGCGCCCGCGACUGCUGAAGAUCACGCCGUCGAGUCCGCUAUGGCGUCGCUACCCAGCAACUGCAACUGCAGCAGCAGCAUCAGCACUAGAGGCGGCAUCGUUGCAGGUAUGCACGGUAGCACAGAACAAUCACCUCGUAGCACGUUGAGAGCCUCCGGUACUUCGGAGAUGGGAAUGGUCAACCCUUUUAGAAGCCGCUACUCACGUGUUCCUUACUCCGACGAAGACAACGACGGUGACGGGAGAGAUAAGCGGAUGGGCAGCAGUACCGCCAGCGCGAGCCCCUUGGUGCGACGUGUGCCAGCAACCGGUGCGGUCGCCUCCCCCCCUUCGGAGGCGCGGGCCGCCGCUGUCGAGGAGGCAGACACUGCCACUUCCGGCGUCAACGCGCACCACUCGCAUGUGUACAUCUCCGUCGAGAGGUGA